AUGGCAAAUGAAGAUGAUGCAACGGUAUUGUAUGUUGAAUCAUAUGUCCUUUUGACAACGCUCGUGAUAGCCUUUCUUACAGUCUUCGGAUCGUGGAGGCGUCGAAGCCACAGUUUGAAGCUCAAAUAUUCGAUAUGGGCAUCUUAUCUUUUGUCUACGUACCUGAUAAACUACACCAUGGGCCUGAUGAAGUCAGCAACAUUCCAAGAUGAAUUUUUUGCUGUUUGGGCGACGUUUUUGAUUAUGUUUCUUGGAAGCCCUGAUUGCAUCUCCGCCUACAGCCUUGAAGAUAGUGAGCAUCGGAAGAGAUAUAACUUGGAACUUUUUCUUCUUUAUUUUUGGCUGGGCUGGCUGAUAGUUCUGCAUAGUAACAAACCCAAACAUAUGAUUCCGCUCUAUCUCCUCUAUUUUUUGUCUUUGAGACGGACAGGAGGCAGAGCAGAAGCUUUGGAGUCAGCAAGCAAAUCAUAUGGUUUGGUGAGAAACACCAAACUGGUUGCAGACUUCAUGGAAGAUGAGAGCAAUAAAGAAGGUGAUGAAGCAGAUCCUACUUGCAUGAAAGGCUACAAGUAUUUGGUGAAAGGCGAAAAGAAGGAAAAGGUGAAAGUUAAAGCACCACACUACCAUAUGCAGUUUGAAACUACAGAUGAUCAUAAAGUCAUUACCAUUGAUAUGAUCUGGCAAUGCAAAGGGAGACUCUUAAGCUCCUCCGGAGAUCCAGACGGGCGACUCAAGGAUAUCUGCCUUUCCUAUGCAUUGUAUAGGCUUCUUUGUCGUAGAUUUGCAAAAUAUUCCUUCCCUGAAAGCUCCCAGCUUAAGACAUGGAAUUUUGUUCGAUAUGGGCUUCUUUCCAAAGAAGGUGACCAUGAGAGAGCAUUCAGAGUAAUAGAGCUGGAGCUCGGAUUUCUUUAUGAUCUCUUUUACACAAAAUAUCCCGUCUUAUUUGCCAAGGGACUUCCAUUAUUAAGAAAUUUUGAGCUCAUUAUUGUCAUAAAUAUUGGUUGUUGGGUUGUGGCUCCCAUUCUAACCGACUACCAACGAAGAGAAGGGCCUAACCCUGCUGCUCUUGUCACAGGUGUUGUUUUAGUCGCUAUACUUUUCAUGGAAAUUGUGCAAUUUUUUGUUGUCAACUUCUCCGAUUGGGCUAAGGUACAGUGGCUUUGCUAUUAUGUUAAAAAACCCUCGUGGCAUAACAAAUGCAUAGAGAUGAUCAUACGAGUUAUAUGUCAUAAGAAUUUGUUAAAACCUUGGGAUAGAAAACUUGCCCAAUAUUCUCUUCUUGAAUCUUUUAGUCAUAACCCUUCCAAAUUGCUAUACAAUUGUUGUACUUCUCCUUAUAUAGAUAAGCCGAGAAAUGGUCUAAAACUAAGUGCUCACGUCACAUUGCCGAUGGGAGUGAAGAAAGCAAUUAUUCACUCUCUAAAGACCAAUGGGCAGCGACUGACAAAUGGGGUAGCUUCUCUGCAGCGAAACGGGGUUAAUGUACCCUCUUGGGCACGUGAACUUCCGACACAAACGCAUGUUAUCAUGAUCUGGCAUAUAGCCACCAGUCUUUGCGAGCUCAAUUUAUCAUCACAAGUAAUUAUCACAGGGGAACAGGUCAACCAACAAAGGGAAAGCGAAGACUUCAUUGUGGCAACGAAGUUGUCCAAAUACUGUGCCUAUUUGGUGGCUUUUGCUCCAAGACUUUUACCUGAACAUCCGUAUAUUACAGAAUUUAUUUUUGAUUGUGUAGUUGUUGAAGCCAGGAAAAAACUCGAGGGAUGCGAGAAAAGUAUUUGCCAAAAGAUGUUUACUUUAUGCAAAGAUGAUCGCAAGGACAGAAUUUCCAAAGAGAUGUUGACUUCAGACCGGAAGGAUGAUGAAGGAAUCGAAGAAAUUAUUGAAAAGGGUGCUGCUCUUGCGAAGCAUUUGAUAGAAAAAAUAGAAGACAAUGGGAAGAGAUGGAAAAUUCUGGCUGAGUUAUGGGCAGAGAUGAUGUUGUUUGUGGCACCCUCUGAUGAUGAAACUGCCCAUGCAGAGCACUUAGCCGCAGGAGGAGAGUUUGUGACUCACUUGUGGGCAUUACUUUCUCAUGCAGGCAUACUCAAGCGAGAGGCUCAGGAUGUCUGA